UUGGCUCUUGGACCUGGGUCUCCCUCUUACAUUGUUUCAAAAAUCCUCACAGGCUGGGUCAGGUAACCUGGUAGUUCUGUCUGUUAUGUCUUGGGAAUUGUACUGUGGCCUGCACUCUGUAAGGCAGAAAGAAAGGAGAAGAACUCGCAGGGGUGGUCUGCAUAGAGAAGGCAGGAAAGGUAAACACCAAACACAGGGUGUGAUUAGCAUAUCAGGUUAGUCUGGAUUAUCCGCUGCAGACCAGGAAGGAGAAGGUAACAAAGGAGCUCUGAAAACGGCCAAGGGAAACAAGAAAACUAUUUCUUCUCGAUCAUUGCAGCAGUUGCAGAUUCAAGAGUUGUGUGGAUGCCUUUAAAGUUAUCUACUUAACACCCAGAUGUGAGUUUGUGAUAAAAAUCCCCAGAAGAGACGCAGAGCUGGAGGAAGAAGAGGAGGAAAUGGCAGCUUCUCAGGGGCGGCUGACAUUCCAGGAUGUGACCAUAGACUUCACUCAAGAGGAGUGGGAAUGCCUGGACCUCGGUCAGCGGGACUUGUACAGGGAUGUGAUGUUAGAGACCUACGGGAACCUGGCCUCCUUGGGUCUUGUGGUCUCAAAGCCGGACCUGGUCACCUUUCUGGAGCAAAUGAAGACUCCCUGGGAUGUAAGGAGAACGGACACAACAGCCACAUACUCAGGUCUGUUUUCUCACAACACCCAUGGUUUGAUGUCAAAGAAUCCAAGGUUUGAAAAUUUAAUGCAAAAAGCAAACCUAUAUGAAAGAGCUCCCCUCGGAAAUGACCAUUUAACCAAAGACUGGGGACAUACAAGGGUAUGUGACAGACUGAGAGGAUGUUUAUAUGGACAUAAAGAAAUUGAGACCGCUUCACAUACUGUGGACAUGACUGCCAGAAGAAAUGAGCACUGGGAGUCAAAUUGGGGAAAGCACCCGUUUCAGUCAUCACCGUCUGCCGCGCAGUGUAUCUUUGUAAGCAAUGACUCACAUCAGUUUUUGAAACACACACGUUCCCUGAGGGGAAAUGUGGAAAAUCUGGAAGGUCAUCCAGUCUCUACUUCAAAUGUUCGUUCAGACCACUCUGAACAUAGACUUCGAUUACACAUACAUUCAACCACGUCUGAAAAGGAGAAGUUUACAAAUGAUGGGGAAAACUCACAAUAUAAUCAACUUGAGGGGUCUGUGAGCAAUGGGUCAUUAUUCUUCCACCAACAGACAGGUUCUCUCCAAUCCAAAAUGUGUAAUGUUGAUAAUAAUGGAGGAGACUUAAUUCAGCCAUCACUGUUUGAUACAUAUCAUGAUAGGGUUAAUAUAAAACAACUUUUCAUGUGUAAUAACACGAGUCAGGCCUUAAGUAGGAGCUCCAACCCCAAUAGUUUCCAGAGUAUUUAUGAUGGAGCAAGAAACUGUUCAUACAAUGACAGUGGGUAUAACAUUGAACAAGACUCUGAUCUUAGGAAACAUCAGGCACCUCAAUCUUCAGAUAAGGAUUCUAAAAGUAAUACAUGUAGGAAUAUCUUUUAUCGAGCAUCAGGUCUUUCACUAAAUAAGAGUACACAUACUGGAGAGAAGACUUACAAUUGUAGUGAAUAUGAUGUGUCUAAUCUGUCUUCAGAACUUAUUCAACAGCAGAGUAUUCAGAAUCCACAGAAAAACUACAAGUGUAAGAAAUGUGAGAAAGUCUUUACUAACGCACUCAACCUAUGUAAACAUAGGGAAAUUCAUACAGGAUGGAAUACUUUCACAUGUACAGAAUGUGACAAAUCAUUUAAUCAGAGUUCAAAACUUAGUCAACAUCAGCGAAUCCAUAUUGGCCAGAAGCCUUAUAAAUGUAAGGAAUGUGGUGAAGGCUUUAGCCAGCACUCAAGUCUUACUUACCAUCAGAGAGUCCAUACACGGGAGAAGUCUUCUAAAUGUAAGGAUUGUGGCAAAGCCUUUAAACAGUGCUCAUGUCUUCAUAAACAUCAGGUAAUUCAUGCUGGAGAGAAACCUUGUAAAUGUCAAGAAUGUGGAAAAGCUUUCAGUCAAUACGCAACUCUUAUUAAACACCAGCGAAUUCAUACUGGAGGGAAGCCUUAUAAAUGUAAGGAUUGUGGCAAAGGCUUUAUUCAACGCAAAGGUCUUACUUGCCAUCAGAGAACUCACACUGGAGAGAAACCGUAUAAAUGUCAAGAAUGUGGAAAAGCUUUCAGUCAAUAUGCAACUCGUAAUAAACACCAGCGAAUUCAUACUGGAGAGAAGCCUUAUAAAUGUAAAGAUUGUGGCAAAGGCUUUAUUCAACGCAAAGGUCUUACUUGCCAUCAGAGAAUUCACACUCGAGAGAAACCUUAUAAAUGUCAAGAAUGUGGAAAAGCUUUCAGUCAAUACGCAACUCUUAUUAAACACCAGCGAAUUCAUACUGGAGAGAAGCCAUAUAAAUGUAAGGAUUGUGGCAAAGGCUUUAUUCAACGCAAAGGUCUUACUUGCCAUCAGAGAAUUCACACUGGAGAGAAACCAUAUAAAUGUCAAGAAUGUGGAAAAGCUUUCAGUCAAUAUGCAACUCGUAAUAAACACCAGCGAAUUCAUACUGGAGAGAAGCCUUAUAAAUGUAAGGAUUGUGGCAAAGACUUUAGCCAGGCCUCAGGCCUUAUGUACCAUCAGAGAGUUCACACUGGAGAGAAGCCUUAUAAAUGUAAGGAUUGUGGCAAAGACUUUAGCCGGGGCUCAGACCUCAUGUCCCAUCAGAGAGUUCAUACUGGAGAGAAGCCUUAUAAAUGUAAGGAUUGUGGCAAAGACUUUAGCCAGGGCUCAGGCCUUAUGUACCAUCAGAGAAUUCAUACUGGAGAGAAGCCUUAUAAAUGUAAGGAUUGUGGCAAAGGCUUUAUUCAACGCAAAGGUCUUACUUGCCAUCAGAGAACUCACACUGGAGAGAAACCGUAUAAAUGUCAAGAAUGUGGAAAAGCUUUCAGUCAAUAUGCAACUCGUAAUAAACACCAGCGAAUUCAUACUGGAGAGAAGCCUUAUAAAUGUAAAGAUUGUGGCAAAGGCUUUAUUCAACGCAAAGGUCUUACUUGCCAUCAGAGAAUUCACACUCGAGAGAAACCUUAUAAAUGUCAAGAAUGUGGAAAAGCUUUCAGUCAAUACGCAACUCUUAUUAAACACCAGCGAAUUCAUACUGGAGAGAAGCCAUAUAAAUGUAAGGAUUGUGGCAAAGGCUUUAUUCAACGCAAAGGUCUUACUUGCCAUCAGAGAAUUCACACUGGAGAGAAACCAUAUAAAUGUCAAGAAUGUGGAAAAGCUUUCAGUCAAUAUGCAACUCGUAAUAAACACCAGCGAAUUCAUACUGGAGAGAAGCCUUAUAAAUGUAAGGAUUGUGGCAAAGACUUUAGCCAGGCCUCAGGCCUUAUGUACCAUCAGAGAGUUCACACUGGAGAGAAGCCUUAUAAAUGUAAGGAUUGUGGCAAAGACUUUAGCCGGGGCUCAGACCUCAUGUCCCAUCAGAGAGUUCAUACUGGAGAGAAGCCUUAUAAAUGUAAGGAUUGUGGCAAAGACUUUAGCCAGGGCUCAGGCCUUAUGUACCAUCAGAGAAUUCAUACUGGAGAGAAGCCUUAUAAAUGUAAGGAUUGUGGCAAAGGCUUUAUUCAACGCAAAGGUCUUACUUGCCAUCAGAGAACUCACACUGGAGAGAAACCGUAUAAAUGUCAAGAAUGUGGAAAAGCUUUCAGUCAAUAUGCAACUCGUAAUAAACACCAGCGAAUUCAUACUGGAGAGAAGCCUUAUAAAUGUAAAGAUUGUGGCAAAGGCUUUAUUCAACGCAAAGGUCUUACUUGCCAUCAGAGAAUUCACACUCGAGAGAAACCUUAUAAAUGUCAAGAAUGUGGAAAAGCUUUCAGUCAAUACGCAACUCUUAUUAAACACCAGCGAAUUCAUACUGGAGAGAAGCCUUAUAAAUGUAAGGAUUGUGGCAAAGGCUUUAUUCAACGCAAAGGUCUUACUUGCCAUCAGAGAAUUCACACUGGAGAGAAACCAUAUAAAUGUCAAGAAUGUGGAAAAGCUUUCAGUCAAUAUGCAACUCGUAAUAAACACCAGCGAAUUCAUACUGGAGAGAAGCCUUAUAAAUGUAAGGAUUGUGGCAAAGACUUUAGCCAGGCCUCAGGCCUUAUGUACCAUCAGAGAGUUCACACUGGAGAGAAGCCUUAUAAAUGUAAGGAUUGUGGCAAAGACUUUAGCCGGGGCUCAGACCUCAUGUCCCAUCAGAGAGUUCAUACUGGAGAGAAGCCUUAUAAAUGUAAGGAUUGUGGCAAAGACUUUAGCCAGGGCUCAGGCCUUAUGUACCAUCAGAGAAUUCAUACUGGAGAGAAGCCUUAUAAAUGUAAGGAUUGUGGCAAAGGCUUUAUUCAACGCAAAGGUCUUACUUGCCAUCAGAGAACUCACACUGGAGAGAAACCGUAUAAAUGUCAAGAAUGUGGAAAAGCUUUCAGUCAAUAUGCAACUCGUAAUAAACACCAGCGAAUUCAUACUGGAGAGAAGCCUUAUAAAUGUAAAGAUUGUGGCAAAGGCUUUAUUCAACGCAAAGGUCUUACUUGCCAUCAGAGAAUUCACACUCGAGAGAAACCUUAUAAAUGUCAAGAAUGUGGAAAAGCUUUCAGUCAAUACGCAACUCUUAUUAAACACCAGCGAAUUCAUACUGGAGAGAAGCCAUAUAAAUGUAAGGAUUGUGGCAAAGGCUUUAUUCAACGCAAAGGUCUUACUUGCCAUCAGAGAAUUCACACUGGAGAGAAACCAUAUAAAUGUCAAGAAUGUGGAAAAGCUUUCAGUCAAUAUGCAACUCGUAAUAAACACCAGCGAAUUCAUACUGGAGAGAAGCCUUAUAAAUGUAAGGAUUGUGGCAAAGACUUUAGCCAGGCCUCAGGCCUUAUGUACCAUCAGAGAGUUCACACUGGAGAGAAGCCUUAUAAAUGUAAGGAUUGUGGCAAAGAAUUUAGCCGGGGCUCAGACCUCAGCCGGGGCUCAGACCUCAUGUCCCAUCAGAGAGUUCAUACUGGAGAGAAGCCUUAUAAAUGUAAGGAUUGUGGCAAAGACUUUAGCCAGGGCUCAGGCCUUAUGUACCAUCAGAGAAUUCAUACUGGAGAGAAGCCUUAUAAAUGUAAGGAUUGUGGCAAAGGCUUUAGCUGGCACUCAGGUCUUACUUGCCAUCAGAGAAUUCACACUGGAGAGAAACCUUAUAAAUGUCAAAAAUGUGGAAAAGCUUUCAGUCAACGCUCUACUCUCACUCAACACCAGAGAAUUCAUACUGGAGAGAAGCCUUAUAAAUGUAAGGAUUGUGGCAAAGACUUUAGGCGCUGCGCCGGUCUUACUCGCCAUCAGAGAAUUCACACUGGAGGGAAAACUUGUAAAAAAGGUGGUAAAGUUUUCAGUCACUAUGCAACUCUUAUUUAACAUGAGCGAAUUCAUACUGAAGAGGAGCCUUAUAAAUGUAAGGACUGUGACAUAGACUUUAACCCAGCACAUUGGUUUUACUUACCAUCAGAUAAUUCAUACUGAAGGAAUUCUCAUAAAUGUAAAGAAACCUGCAAAGGCUUUAAUCAGAGCUCUCAUCUCACUGGACAUCAGAGAGCAUGUCCUGGAGGGAAACCCUAGUAAUGAAGUAAGACAUGGAAGAGGUUUGUCCUGAAUAUACAGUUCAGGAAACCCAAGACUGUUUAUAUAAGAAUGAUACGGAAUGACGUAAAGAAAAUAUAAAUAAGUAUUUACAAAAAAUCAAACCUAAAUAAAUAUCAGGAAAUGCAUACUAGAAAGUAUUUCAUAAACCCUGUUUUCUGACGUUCCUCUUAGGGAGAAAUAUUGUAGAUAGUGAUUCAUAGUUAAAAUAGACAGAAAGUUGAUAGGUUAGUAUGGAUCACAAGAUGAAGAGGUGAUGUUCAGCCAUGUACAGUUACUAGCUAUGUAUGUUUGUUGAUGUUGAAACGAUUUGUGAUUAUUUGAAAACCAAAAUGAAUGUAACUGAAUUCUCAAAUUACUCCAUGCUACACUUCAUUUCUAGUGUGCAUGCAAAGUUAUGUUUUUGAUGGUUGGUACCUCAAAGAUGAGAGAAGCCCUUCUUUCUAGGAAGAAAACAUUUAUAAUUUUCUCCAUUAUAAGAUUAAGGACACAGGAAUGUAACAUGUGCAGUGAACAUCUAAAUGGUGGUGUUUGUCAUUCAUGUCACACAUCCCUGUAAGUCACCGUGAUAUAAGUGUUCAGGGAAUAAUUCCACAGAUUAAAGUACAUUUUCAAUGUACAUUUUCAAUAGUUAUGUCACUUGCUUUUAAAGUAAAGUACAAAGACAGUUCACUAAAAUCUUGAUGUAUUUUAUAAUAUCAACAGAAGUCAUGAAUAUCAGUAGCCAUGUUUCAGUUAAAGACAUCUCUGCUACCCUAGAAAUGUAGGGAAAAUCCUUCCCAGAAAAAUCAUGUAAUUAUUGUAUGUCUUCUUAAAUGAUUAGCCUCCCUUUUGUAACCGUAGAAAUCACAGUUCUCAGAUCAUUGUAUCAGAGGUAUAUUAUCAUUGUUCAUGCUUAUAAUCUGUAUUUUAACCGAAGUUACAUAGUGGAGUGUAAAAGGUUUUAUUCUGUGUGUGAUAAGCAUACAUGUUAAGCAAUAAAACUGAAUGGUUUCUUGUGUAAA